AUGGACAAUUCCGUAUUAAAUACAUCCCAUAUAGGAAAGAAAACGAAUAAAUCCGCGGGCAAUACUUUGAAAAAUAGAGUUAGUUCGAUUAGACCCGCAUCAUCUAUACCCCUGAAAGACAGAUUAAACAAGGGUAAUGAUGGCCAUAUCUCUUCACUCGAAGAUCUAAGUGAACAGGCAUCUAGAUUAUUUUCACCGUAUAAACCUUUGGAUAGCACUAUCAAGUCACUAAAGCCAAAACUUGUAUCAAAGAAAAAAAUAACAGCAAAGUCAUUUAAUAAGAACAUAAAUUUCAAUUAUCUAAGCACGAACCCAUCCUCCAAACAGAAUAAAGCACCUCAGACUGAGAAAAUUUCAAAAUCUGACCGACUCACUCUUUCAAAAGAUCAAGAGGAUAACAUAAAGAAGCAAUCAGAACAAUUUUUCAACCAAUUAACAAAGAAUGACAGUAAUACCGAUUAUUCUCAGGUAGUUGUUUUUAAGAAUAAGGAUAUUGAAAAAAACAUUAAAAUUGAAGAAAGUGCGAAUAACAUUAUAAUUCCACUCAUUAGCCACAACAAGGCUGGAUCAUCCGGUUUAGUAGUAAUCAAACCUAAAUCACAAUGUGGUCCACUAAUCAAUCUUCGGGGAACUAUGAUAGUGGUAUUUUUAGAUGUCGAAGAUAAUAAGGUUUCGUUUGAAAGUUCCAAUUUAAACAGAAAGAGGAUCGUCUGUUCAAAUCAAAAUCAAUUACUCAUUCUACCAAACGAUACCUUUGUAUUAUAUAACGAUAGUAGCGAUAAAUAUGCCAAGAUAUGUAUACUAACAUCAAAAAAAACUGGAAAAGAACUAAAGUAUUUGCGCAAAGUUGAACAAUUAAAAGCAGUGGGAAAUUUAUUUUAACUUUGGUGGUAACCUCUUG